CAAAAGAAAAAAAUAAAAUUAUAUUUGUUGAAGUUUUCUAUGUAAAAAUUAGUGUAUUACAUUUAUUUUUCUUCUACGUACUUCUUUAUUGAUACCGACUUUAUUUACUCAAAUUAAUAAAUUUUUUUCCAGUUAACAGCUUCUGUAAAAAGUUUUCGAUCAAAGGUCAAUAUAAUUAUAUAUUUUAAUGUGUCUAUAUUAUUUAUAUCACAGACAGUGACGCCGUUAUGCUACUAAAGGAUCAAAAUAUUACGGAUGAUCAUAGUUUAUCUAAUGAGGAAGCAAUUGUGAAGCUAAAAACUGCUAUUAAAGAAGAACUGGAAAAAGACAAGUUUCAGAAUGACUCUGAACGAAAGAUUCCUGAAUGGGUUAAAGAUGCCUUUCAUCAUAAAAGCAGUCAUUCUACAUUUAUUUGGACUAGUGCUGCUGUCCUGUGUUUUGAUAUAUUCUUACUCACCAUUUAUCAAAUUUAUGAAGAUCAAAAUUUCAGGUUGAAAUCUGUGGCAGUGCAAAUAUUUUUUCUCAUUGUCUUUUUGAUUGGAAAUGUUUGCAUGAUGCUAUUGGAUAGUUUCCUUCGCCAUUCCGAAAUGAAGUCAAAAAUAAAAGCUUUGCUGAAAUUACUUGAAGGAAACAGAAAUGUCGAACCAAAGGGUGAUCAGUUUCUCAAUUUGCAUGCUCCCCAAUCUCCCUGUAUUUCAUUGCAGUGGACUUAUCGCAGUGGCCAGCUUUUGAAUUUACCUUGCUCUCUCUUAGUAGAAGGUGAUAUCAUUUUGAUGCGACCUGGGCAUCCAGCUCCUGGUUACUGCAGGUCUCUUUACCAAUCCUCAAAUGGUGUGCAGCAGCAUCUAAAGCGUGGUCAAAUAUUUACAACUAUUGAUGAAGAAUUUUCUGAAGAAUUCAAUAGUCCUCGACUGAGAAAGCCUGCAGAAUCAUUGGAAUUUGUGAUGCUGGAAACUCCUUUUAUUUAUGGAUUAAGGUUUGCAUUAAAAAAUUCUCUUGGAAAACCUGUUACUCUUUUCAACAAAGAAUAUCAAGCAGUUGUGUUUUUUUAUUUUGAAAAAAUUUUAAUACCAAUUGUUUUGGUUGUCACUAUGUGCAUUGGAGUCGUUCGUUGCAUUUAUUUUGAAUCGGAGCAUGAUGAAUGGGCAGAGCAUCUCUUACUUCGCCCCGUUUGUGCUCUCCUUCCCCUCGUCCCCAUCUCUUUUCCUUUGUGCUGGAUUAUAUUGAAUGCUUUUGGAAACUCAUAUUUAUUAGCCAUUGUCAACUCCAAACAGUGUCUAAAGCCGCUCGAUCCAUUUGAUGAGAUGGAAGAGACGGAGGUACCAUCUGUCAUAGAAAGCUGUGUUAAGUGGACUGACUUAAAAAGCCUCAUUUGCUGCCUUCUUUUCGGAACUGGAGGAUAUCUUUGGAGAUCUGCCAAUCUUCUUCAAGUACUUGGUAGCAUAACAGCUCUCUGCUGUGUGGAUAAAAAGGGAAUUCUGUCUUGGCCUAAUCCUACAGCUGAAAAAGUUUUCUUCCUGAAGUCUCCGAAAAGCAAGUCGAACUCAGAAGACAGCACCCAAAUGUGUGAAAAUGCUGAUCAAGAAUCAUCAGAAGAAUUACAGCCUCUCAAUGAACAAGUAUUGGAGAUUAAAAGAUUCACCAAAAUGAAUAAAAGAUUGGAUGUUAAAGAUCAUAUUUAUCAUCCAGGCAGCCAGGUUGAGGUAUUAGAUUUGACCCACAAUCUGCACAGCCCAUUUGGUAUUCAGUUUGAUGAUCCCAACUGGAAACUCUUUCUCGGAAACUUAAAACCAUUAGGGUUGGGAAUUUUAUUGAAUACAUGUAAUCCAAAUAUGCAAGAACAUUACACAAAGUUUUCAGAUCACAUAGCGUGUGAAUCUUUGUAUAAUGAUGCAGCUGUACCUGUAGUCAACAAAAGGUGCCUCUGUGUGUUAGCAAAGCAAAUAGGAUUUUCAGAUUCAGUUGUAGAUUUUUAUGAAUUAGAGCAACAGCUAGGAAUAUUUAGACAUGUGCACCCAGAAGUUGUUCAGAAAGGCAAGUUGGCUAAAUCACUCAAUUUCCCUCGUCUAAAAAUGCCAUUCCCUAAUAUGUCUUGUGUGAUUGUGAAAGAUCUCCAUAGAGGUAGCAAUCAGUUAUUUUCUCAAGGCACUGCUGAUUUGGUUUUAGAUGCUUGCUAUGAGUACUGGGAUGGCAAUGACAUACGAGUUCUCACUGAAUCUGACAGGAAGAGGAUUCUAGAUUUCUACCACAGAUCAAGCUUGACAGCACACUGCAUGGGUUAUGCAUAUAGUCCUUUGAGCAAUGCUAUGCGGAGCAAAGAUUUUUCCAACUGGUUCUUUGAGCUUCCAGCAGAAGGGUAUCAUCUUUUCUCAGUCUUGGAGGCUUCUUCAUCUUCACCUCGCUCCUGGGAUCCUUCCAGUAUUGAGGGCGUUGGCAGCAACAUCAGCAACCAGCAGCAGCAUUCGAUGAAUCGAUACCUGAGCAACGACUCCCUGAUUCUUCCUGAUCAGGAAAAGAAACUGGAAGAUAUUGGUGUGAACAAUUGCCUCCAGCAACUUGGAAAUGAAAUAUUUAUUGGAAUGGUGACAAUGCAGUAUCAAGCUUGUCCUGAUUUUGUUCGGUUGAUUGAGCAGUUGGAUAAGGCUUGCAUUCGAUUUGUACAUUUUUCCAAAGAAAAUGAACUGAGAAGCAGGGUAUUUUCAGAAAAGAUGGGUCUUGAAUCUGGCUGGAACUGCCAUAUUUCUUUACUAAGUGACGAUAAAUGUGAGAAAAAUGGUCCAAAUUCCCUUGUUUCUCCAUUGAAGUUUUCUCGCCACUAUGCUUUUCCUCCCUCUACAGAAGAAACAUGUGCAUCUGAUUCUCGAAAUGAGAUUCCUAUUCGCCAUGCGAGUGCUCCCAGUAUGAUUAAUCUUGAACCAAAUAAAGUGAAAUCUGAAGAAUUAAGUACUCAUUCUAAAAGUGAAGAUUCAACAUCUCUUUAUAAUAUAUCUUCAAGCAAGACACACCUUGGAACAGAAAGCCUAUUUCAAGAUAUUUCCCUAGAAGACCAGUCCUACAGGAAAUCCUCUCUGCAGGACAUAAUGAUAUGUGAAGAGGGGGGAUCUAGUCACAUAACCGAAAGUACUGACCAGAGUGCCCCUGUUACAUUUGACAUGUCUAAUAGGGCAAAACUGCCAAAGGGGACUGAAAACAUCCGACCCCACAUUGAGAAUGUUGACAAUGUUCCGCUGCAAGUCUCUUUGUUUACUGAUUGCACUGCAGAAGCAACACGAGAAAUGAUCUGCAUUAUGCAAGAAUACGGAGAGGUUGUCUGCUGUCUUGGAAGUUCUGCUAAUACUGAAAAUAUUCCUAUAUUUCUUCAAGCUGAUGCCAGCAUUGCAAUUCAGCCUUUGUUACCUCACUUGUGUGUUCAGCAAUCAAUGAAUGGAACACGUGAACAAAAUGCAUUUCACCACAUUAGCUCUGCCUUAAACAGUCUUCCAUGUGGAAUAAUCUUCCACCGAGAGGAUCCCAUUAGUCUAUAUCAUUUGAUAACAGAGGCCCGCCAUUUUAUGUGCAGUGCACGUAAUUCUUUGGAGUUCAUGCUUUGCUGCCUCUUGAGCAUCGCCCUCCUCCAAGUUCUAGCUGUUCUCUUCUUCCUCCCUCUCGCUCUUCCUCUCUCACAUAUGCUGUGGCUCAUCUGCCUGGAAGUUCCUCUGCUCAGUCUAUCCCUUAUGGGGCAUCCACUGGAUACUCAAGUCAUGAUGUUGGCCACAGGAAAAAACGUUAAAGUUGCCAACAAGCAAGCAAUUUUAUUCUUCCUUGUUUGUUAUUGUGCCAAAUUUUGCCCAUCUUUGAUGAUUGCAAUUGUAAUGUUUACUUGUGUCAUGUCUACUGCUUGCAAGAUCUACUUGGAAAGUGAUGCUCUUGUUUGUUGGGUAACACUUGAUAUAGUGAAACCUGAAAAGAAGAUUAGUGCUGAAUCUUGGUUUGCUGUAUUAACAGUAAGCCAAAAUGUGCUUUCAUUCUUUUUAGUUCUUUGCUUUGUUUUCAUAUCCAUCAGUUUCAUCCAUCGCUCACAUCUCCUAUGGAAAAGCAAUCCAUUCCAGAAUAAAUAUUGGAUAUUGACUGCAAUCACUGUCAUUGUCCUGCAUUUGAUGUUUAGUGUGAUAGACAUUACACUGCACGUUGAUAUGAAGUUUAAACCUACCACCAUUUUAAGUCAUAUUCCAUAUUAUGUAUGGCUUUUGUGUUCAAUUUGGCCAUUUUUAGUACUUCCUAUAAAUGAGCUUGUCAAGCGCAAUGAAAUUAGAAUUAAUGUCCGGCAGCAGAAAAGGGCUCGACUGGAAUUUUGUACCAAAUUGGGGAUGAACUCACCUUUCUAAAAAGUAACAUAUCAACCUCUUUUUAAACCCAGACUCAUUGAAUUAAGUUCAUUUUAAAUUAAGGUGUGAAGAUACCACAAUGGUUGCGUAUUCAAGGGGAUUUAUGAAUAUUCAAGAAUUAAGUCUUCUUUUUUGUUCCUUUUUUUCUUGUGGCAUUUCAAGUAUUUCAUGUCAAUCAUUUGAGUUAAAGCUUACUGCAUUUUGUUAAUGUUUUCACCUUUGUAGUGCUUCAACUUAUUUAUAUUUGGAAAUUGUGAAUUUUGUUGAUUUUUCUUCUGUAAUUACAUUUAGUUGGAGCUUAAAAAAAACUUUAAUUUUGCUUUAUACAAUACUUGUUAUUUUUCAGAAUACUGAUAUGCACACACAGGUUUUUAAAACUUUAUAAAAAGAGGGAAGUGGAUCAAAUAGCUUCUGACAUCUGUUAGUUAACAGUUUAAUUCACAAAUGUAAAAGGUACAGAAGCUCAAGUGUACAACAAUCAACAAAACUUAAAAUUUCUUUCUUAAUUUUUGUUUGGCAUCGUAGAACAAUAAAUGGAAGAAAACAAUGUUGACUUUUUAGUGUUAGUGUUAAGAGAUCUAGUGCUGAUUACUUACUUAAGGUAAGACUUGCUUUUGUAAAAAAUUUAAAAAAUAAAACUUCUUUACUAAAAUUU